AGGAUUGGCCAUCAGUUCGAUUGUAGUUCACGUCGCGGUUACACAGGUCGUCCGUUUUCUUCACCACCCCCCUUAAAUCAUGGAUCAGGUCAUCGAGCGCAUCAAGACCCGCGUGGCCGCCGUCGACCCGAACGGACCCCGCAAGGUUCUGGGCGUGUUCCAGCUGGACGUCAACACCGGCGCCGGCGUCGAGCAGUGGACUGUGGACCUGAAGCAGCUUAAGGUGGAGAAGGGACCGGCUGCCUCUCCGGACGUGACCGUCGUGCUGGCCCUGGAGGAUCUGGUUGCGAUCAGCGGCAAGACCCUGACCAUCGGGGACGGCCUGAAGCAAGGCAAGAUCCAGGUUAGCGGUGAUGCCGCGCUGGCCGCCAAGUUGGCUGAGGUUAUCUAAAGCGGAAUGAGGUUUGGCUCUUGGAACUGUGUGUAUUGAGUGAUGUGUAGAUGUUGGAGGAAUAAAGGUUGUCUGAUUUUUUAAAUAAGAGAA